CUCUGGGCCCCCUAUUGGCGGCCUUGCCCCGUUACGCACUUGCCUCGCGUUCACAUACCCGGGGAGGGCAGUAGAAAGGUGAUCAAUCUUCAUCAGGCUACAUUUCCAAUCACCUAAACAACCGAGCAAGACAAGCCACUCCGACAAGGUUGGCUGCCCCGAGGGCCUUGCUGAGGGCACGAGGUAGAUGGUGAACAGCCCAGGCGGCGGAGGGCAGGCCAGGCCCCCAGAAGCAACAGCUUGAAGGACUUCGGAAGUGGGGGCCCUGAACUGCUCCUGGCCCCAGGCCCCCUGGAUCCGUCGGGGCGCCUCCACCCGGCUGUUAGCAUGAUGUCUUACCUCAAACAACCCCCAUACGGCAUGAACGGGCUGGGCCUAGCUGGCCCUGCCAUGGACCUCCUGCACCCCUCUGUGGGCUAUCCUGCCACUCCGCGGAAGCAGCGACGGGAACGCACCACCUUCACGCGUUCACAGCUGGACGUGCUGGAGGCCCUUUUCGCAAAGACUCGCUACCCGGACAUCUUCAUGCGAGAGGAGGUAGCGCUCAAGAUCAACUUGCCGGAGUCCAGAGUCCAGGUUUGGUUCAAGAACCGCCGCGCCAAGUGCCGCCAGCAGCAGCAGAGCGGGAACGGAACGAAAAGCCGGCCGGUCAAGAAGAAGUCGUCCCCAGUGCGUGAGAGCUCGGGCUCGGAGAGUAGCGGCCAGUUCACGCCGCCUGCCGUGUCUAGCUCUGCCUCUUCGUCUAGCUCAGCGUCCAGUGCCUCCGCCAAUCCCGCGGCUGCUGCGGCCGCGGGCCUGGGUGGGAACCCGGUGGCAGCCGCGUCCUCUCUGAGUACACCUACUGCUUCGUCCAUCUGGAGCCCGGCCUCCAUCUCGCCAGGCUCGGCAGCGCCAUCCGUGUCCGUGCCAGAGCCACUGGGCGCGCCGAGCAACGCCUCCUGUAUGCAGCGCUCGGUAGCCGCAGGUGCCGCCACUGCGGCGGCCUCCUACCCCAUGUCUUAUGGCCAGGGCGGAAGCUACGGCCAGGGCUACCCCGCGCACUCUUCCUCUUACUUUGGCGGUGUAGACUGCAGCUCCUACCUAGCGCCCAUGCACUCUCAUCACCACCCGCACCAGCUUAGCCCUAUGGCACCCUCCUCCAUGGCUGGCCAUCACCACCACCACCCGCACGCACACCACCCACUGAGCCAAUCUUCAGGCCACCACCACCACCAUCACCACCACCACCACCACCAAGGUUAUGGAGGCUCUGGGCUCGCCUUCAACUCCGCCGACUGCUUGGAUUAUAAGGAGCCUGCUGCCGCCGCUGCUUCCUCUGCCUGGAAACUCAACUUCAACUCUCCCGACUGUCUGGACUAUAAGGACCAGGCCUCUUGGCGGUUCCAGGUCUUGUGAGCCCAGGAAUGAGAGGAAGUGGAGGAGAAACGCAACUACCUGCGCCCGCCGUGGUCCCCAUCCCGUUGCUGCUGCCGCACCGCUCGCCUUUGCCUUGGCUUUUCCAAAACUGAAGUUUCACUCCCCCAAGACGUCCAUUGCCUGCACUGCCGCUCCCAGCUCCGUACCACUUGCUUGGGGGAGGGUAGACCCUCUCCCCUUUGGAGAUGGGGCCCGGUGCUUCUGCUUGGCCCUCAGUCUCUUCACGGGAUGGCAAUGUGCUCUCCCUCUCAACUCGUGAGUCACCCCUCAAGUCUUUCUGGACAGCUUUCGUGCACCCGGAGCCUCCUGGGGCUCUUCGUUCGCUCUGACCCUCUGUUUUGAGCUCAACAGUUUUAUUUAUUCUUUCUGGACACUGAAGUCACUAGCUGGCAUUAGCUACCGUUUGGAGUGCACCCAUACACACUCCUCUGAAUCAAACCCACGGUCUCUCCAC